UGUCAUCAACAAAAACAGCAACAAAUACGCCGAUGUCAUUUAAGCCUUCAUCAGUUGCAAAAGCCGACUUGCUGCUGCAGUCAUCAUUCGCGAUGCCAGUCAAAAGCAACAGCAGCACCAAUAUAUCUGUCAUUGAAGAAGUCGAGGCUAAAGCGGAACCCUACAGCGUGGCUGCAAAUGCAUUGCACAGUCAAUUUAAAAUCAAGCAACAAUUGAAGCAGCAACAACUAGAUGCAGCAAAGGUAAAAGAGCUGCAAAUUCAUCGAGAACACCAUCAUCAGCAGCCUCAGCAGUCCCAGCAACAUAAGCAGCACCAGCAACAGCAAUCACAAUCGAGUUUGUUUAGCGACAAUCUGUCCAUGUCAAUGUCCAGAUCGAAUCUGAAUAAUGGUAGCAUGGCAUCGAUCAGUAGCGAGCAACAACUAUGUCAGCUCUACAAUUCGCAACAGCAUUCCGAUUAUAUCAUCUCAGACUAUAUGGAUAAGAUCGCAACACGAAUUAGUUUGUUAGAGACAGAGCUGAAGUUUGCAUGGCGGGCUCUUGAUUUGCUCUCAAACGAGUAUGGCAAAAUAUGGACCAGAUUGGAGAAAUUGGAAAACAUAUCUGUAGAACAGCAAUCGGUAGUUGGAAAUUUAAUGGGUCUCAUUCAAACGAAGCAGCAAGAAGAACAGCAGCUGCCGAAUUCGGAAAUUCCAUUUGCAGCAUUUUUAGCAGGAGGUCAACUGUUGCCCAUGGAAUUGGAAUUGGAUGAAAAUAUGGAUAUAUUGAAUGAAUCAAAGAUAGAAAAGUCCAACUUUCGUCAUAUCUUGGAGGAAUUGAAAGCGAAUCAUGAUGAUCUGUAUUUAGACGAAGUCGGCACCCAUGCCUUAGAUAUGGAUAAUAACAGUGAAAACCACUAUCUGCAAGUUAAUAAAACAGACCACCAACAGAAGGAUCAGCAGCAGCAGCAGCAAAAGCAGCUGCAGCGGGAUGAAUGCGAUUGGUUAGCAAAUAUAGCUGAUGUGAAUCAGAGCGGCACUCGAGCUAGCUCCCGAGCAAAACUUUACUCCGAAUCGGAUCUGUUGAUGUACGAACAGCAACAGAUAAUGGCCAACAAUGCCAGAGCCGAAUUAUUGCAGGAAUUUCUGAACGGACAAAGAGUUCUGGAACAAGUAGCUGCAUCUGCAUCAACAUCAGUGUCGGCAUCAACUGGCGGUAGUCUGCGUAAUAUACAAUGUCUUAAAAGAUCAUCUCAGGAAAUGUUAGCUGAUACGUCGUCUGAACUUGACCAGCUCGUUGAUGAGGUGAAGUUUUUUCGUUCAACAGCCGUUAAAUCCGGCCAGGGUGGAAACGAGAUAGUACCCAUAGAAGACCCUGGAGGUACGACACUCGAUUGUGAGAUAAAUGAAAAUUUUUACAAGAAUUUAAAUGAAGCAUAUCGCUACAACGAUAUGACUACUGAAAUAGGCAAUGUGGAACGAUUACUACAGCAGUCCGAAAUAGCUCACGACUCAUUGAUUAAUGGACAAUUACCCGUUUCGCUUAUGCUAGCCGAGACUUCUGUGAAUUUUAGUAAAGAAGCAACGGAGCAAACGGCAUUUAAAGGUAAAGAAUUGCGAAAACAUCGAAAAAAGAAACAUCACAAGAACGAAAUGGAUAUGAUAAACAAUUUGAAACAUAUUCUGGCCCAAGCAUCUAAUACAGAUAAAACACCUGAUUCAAAUGCAACUAACACCCAGUUGAAUUUGUCAUCAGUUCCAGACUCUGGAAGCACGACAAUUUUUUCAAGUUCGGAAGAUAGGAGUGAAGAAAGUGUUGCUGUACUAGAUGCCAUGACUGAAGUUAUAAUAAGGGAAAUAAAUAAAAUAAGCGAUCUGCAAUCAUUAUCGGGAUCUCAAAUACUUAAACUGAGGCAGACAAUCAGAGCUGAGCAAACUUUCUUUGAGAAACUGAAUCAAGUGGAUAAGCAUCUAGCGUUACUUCUCUUAAAUCCUGUCACCAUAGCCGAAGAACUGAGACGUUUGCGGGUUAUUGAGGUUGAUCAAAAAUUUGAGCUAGUAAUGAAAAAAUUCGAGAAAAAUAUCGAUACCUUAAAGAAACUAGUUGGAAAUUCGUUUGAGCAAUAUAAAAUAAACAAAACGACACAAUUAAAUUCCAAUUCCGUUCUCGAUUCCGAAUACAAUUCAAAAACAAACAUAAUUAAAGCUGGAUCCGAUUCAAAGACUGCAACUUCUUCAAAUGAUUAUAGCGCCCAUUUGAUACGUAAUAAUUCUGAUUUGGAUGAACAAUUAAAGUUAUUAGAAACCCAAGAAAUCGAAAUAAAUCGUAAGCAAAAUAUUGAUAAAAUUACAAAAAAUAGGGAGUUAGAACUGGAAGUGGUCAAGAGCGGAGAACCCUUAUUGUCGAGCCCGAGUCCAAGGGAUCAGCAACGGAAGAGUUUCAGUUUUGCUGAGCAGUCUUUAACAAACAUUUACAAUCAAGAUGAAUAUAUAAGGUCAUUAAAAAAAAGUCUUGAAAAACAUAAUAAUAUGCUGUUCCUGUUACAUUUACAAAAUCCCGAUAAGCACAAAGACGCCGCUAUUACCGAUUUGGACGAUAUAUUGUUAGACGUAAGCGGUUCAAGUCCUCCACCGCCAGCACCCAAUGAUAUUGUAUCCGACAAUUUAUUGGACAUACCUGGUGCUAAUAAAUUUGCCCAACACAUUCUUAAGCCACAACAGCAGCCGCUGCAUCAACACCCACAACUACGAGCUAAAUCUGACUCUGGAUUGACGUCUAUGAGUGGCUGGUCACCGAAUUCGAAUGAGAAUACCAGCUUUAGCAAACGCAAUGAUAUGACUGUUGAAAUGAUACAUAUGAUGAAAGAGCUACAGACAAGUGGCGACCUCAAGUUAAAUAAAUUGCAUAAAGUAAAUAAUAUUAAUGCGGACUCCAAUAUCGAUAUCAAUAUGUAUCACCAGUUAAAAUCGGAUAACGAUUAUGUGUUUAGCGAGGAGAACCUUAACUAUAUACAUGAGCUAUCUAAAAAUAUACCAAUUUGCUCAGCAUAUGAAAAUAAAUCAAUGUUUUCCGAGUCGAAUCCAAAUCAGAAUGCUAAUGAACCAAUUUCAACAAUUGAUGAAAUUCUCAAAUGGGAUCAACGGAAGCUUCAGCCGAACAACAAAACAACUCAACUAUUUUCGGAUAACAACAAUCUGAAUGUGAGUACAAAAAGUGUAAGCCACUUCAUAAUGCCUGAUAUUUUGAAAAACGAAUUGUCGCACGACAUGGAAGGAUUGGUGACAUCAACUAAUGGCUAUAUGGAAACGGAUAUUGAUCAAACACCUCAACGCCACGCUCUAGCGGAUCGUCUCGUUUAUUAUCCCACGUUCAAUGGCAUUGCCGACUAUAACAGCACCAAUAAUCUGGGUUAUUUGGAACUUUGUCAUCAGUCGAAUAAUCAUCAUCAUUCAUCAUCAUCGUCGUCAUCACUGCAAAACAGUCAACAUAAACCGCCAGGUUCAAAAAAGCCGGUAGACUCACAACCGCGAUCAUGUCAAUCGUAUGGUAAAGCCAUCGAAUCGAAGCAUCCUAAAGUUUGGAAUAAGUUGUCUAAUCUGUUGCCGGACAAUCUGAAGCUAAAGCGUUAUACGAGAUGCAAACGCUCUCAGUCGCUGCCUGGUGGCAACGCCGCUAUUGGUCCGCAACACUCUCAAAUGCUGGUUCGUGGUCAGGCUGGUUCGUAUCCGUUUGCCACAGGGACUGCCUCUGCCAUUGGCACCUUGAGUGCAUCAAUUGAUCCAAUUGGAAGUCAACGUGAAGACCUAACAAUGCGUAUUAAAAAAUUACCAAUGCGUAUCAUGCAACGAGCAAGUGAUUCUACUGCCGUUUUAGCUACUAGGCAAAAGAAACCACGUUCAUUCUCUAAUAAAAUGAAUAGGAUAAUGCAGAAGGCGAAAUCAUAUAAACGGCACAGCUUUAACCUGCGCCACGGAUCUAGCAUUUCAGAUACCGAAUUGGACAACACUAUUUUUACAGCUUCAGAGGAGGAGUCGACUAAUAGUGAAAUUGAGACCACAAGACACAAGAACAAUAAUUAUGAUUACAAUGAUGUUGAUGAUGACGAUGGUGAUGAUGAUGAUUGGGGACAUCAGCACGAUUGGCAUAGCUCAAUUCCCACCGGAAAUGGGCAGUCUAAUUCUUAUAUUGAGAAUAGCAAUACGAACGCUCGUGCUAAACAAGAAAUGAAUCUGUUUGCUGUUGUUGGAGACCUAAAAAGAAAUUCUCUUAUAGCGCCCGAUGAGCAGAAGUGCCAGAGCUUGGAAAUCUUUGAGCGACAGCAUGAAGAAAUCCUGCCGGAGAACAAGGUAGAUGUCACUGCUCAACCAAUGAUUACCUCAAGAGAUAACGAUGGAGUUGAUGCUGUUGCAUCUGCUUCUUCUUCAGCUACAUCAGCUAUUGCCUUAAAUUCGGCUGAUGUCAGCGCAGUGUCUAUCAUAGAUAUUGCUUCAACUUCUCCCUUGGAUAUUGCUGUAGUUACUGCUUCGAAGGUCAUCAGUGAUUGCUCACAAGCUGUGUAUGAGCCUAAAAAAUUUAAUGUUCCCUCACUCAUGGUGGCAAUGACGUCGUCGGACAUUAGCGAACCACAAUUAACUGAACAAGAUUAUAAUCAUCAACAUCAAUAUCAGCAUCAGCAUCAUCAUGUGCAGUCGUUAGACAUACCUAACAGUCCUUACUAUGUCUCAUCGAGGGAGGAUGAUGACAAUCGUAGUCAACAUUCCGGGCGCACGUUGUCCUCAUCACGUCGCCAGAGCACGGAGGAUAGCAUUGACACAGAUGACGAAUACUUUUGCUAUGAGCUGCGACAUUUGGAAGAGCUCGAAGCUGAAGCCUUGGCAAAAGCUGACGCCGAGCAAAAUAGCUACGCGCAGCAUUCAGACAAUGAAGUGCUCUUCACACAGAUUGGUCAGUUGGUGUUGAGGGACAGCGUUUAUUGUACAGAAAGUACAGAAAGUUACUACGUCCCAGAUGAGACAGUUAAGCACAAGAUGUCUGAGGUUUUGAACGAACUAAGAUGCGUUGUUCAACUGAAACCGGAGGAUACAGAUGGUCGCCCUCCAAAAUCAGAUGACUCCGAAUUAUUGGGCAAACAGAAGCAAAAAAACUUAGUUCAAGUGUCAGAUAUGCAUAAAGCUUGGCAGGACGUUAAUAAUGAAUAUCAACUGCCUAGCAGCUCCAACUCACAAGAGACUACAAUAGGAACAUUAGCAUUAGUAGAAACACAAGUAAGCACACAAGUCAACAAAAAGAAACGUCGAAAAGGCGACAGGUCAAAAGUUACUAAUCAAAGACAGGACGAGUUGCAAUCGGACUCAAGUUCAUCUUACUCAUCAAGCGACAAUGAGCAUGAGUACGAGCAUAAGCAAAAGCAUAGAUCAUACCUUAUUCCCACUCCACUUCAGCUAAACGAUGAACAACCAAUUGAGUCAUCUAGUGCCACAUCUGGUCCGGAUACGCCAGCAGCUCAAAGUGAUGAAAUGGAUGACAAUUUGGUUGAAAAUGGUGCCGAUCUAGAUAUUGUUCAGAAGACUAAUGCAGAAAAAGAAGCACCUGCAUCAGCAGUUUUGCCAGAAGAGAGCUCCGAGCUAAUCGACAUACAUAAUAGCGCAGUGAAUGUAGCGAAAUCAGAGGAGAGUAGUGUGCCAGUCGCCGAUUCGACAUCAAUGUUCAAUGCGUCGUCAUUUAAGCUUAUUAGUUUAGACUCAAGUGUCGAGGGGUCUCAGGUGGCUACCCCAAACAGCGCUAGCGCCAACUUGGGCACAAGCAAAUGGAAAUUGUUGAAAACUUUGAAAGAGCGUAAAAUCGAGGAGAGAAACAAUCUGGAUAAAAUGAAGGAAGAAGAAAUCGCUAAAGACAAGCAGAAGGUACAACUUGAAUAUAUAUAUAUAUAUAUAUA